AUGGCCAGCACGGCCCAUGUCAACAUGAUGACCGACACCAUCAUCGCGAAUCUACCUGCGGAGGGCCUCCGCGCAAUUAUGCGCUCACUGUUAGCGUCACAUCCCGAGGUCACAGGUGCGUUUGAGCGCGAGACGAGGAGCUACAUCCAAGAAAGUGCCCUCGCUGCGCUAAACUCAACCGGCUCCGUUGUCAACAUGAACAAUUUGAAGGAGACUCAGUAUAUAAUUCGUUGUAUGGUAGGGUCUGGACUCUGCUUCCAGAGCCUGCCCCUACUGAGCAAGCUUGUCGUGCAGGGAAUGGACAGCGAAUUGAACUCUGCUGAAUCGGAAAGCUUUCUUGCUUCUGUCGACGGCGACAUUGUGCAAACCAUGACGGCAGUUCAGAAAACAUUAUUCGUCAUGAAAGGCGUCCGCAAAUUAUCAGAUGAUGAAAACGUCCUCCUGGAGACUCUCUACUUAGCUCUUGUCAAAUGCCAGACAAUUUCAAGGGAAGCCAAUCGAGAGUAUCCAUACGUCAGAGGGCUUGCUGCCACAGCAAACGUGUCCGGGGCUCCCCAAUCAACUGACAUAGCCUUGGAACCUACAUAUUUCCAAGAGAUCAAUGCGGUACCCCUUCCCGUUGAGAUUCAAGAGACCUUUCGGUUGAAAGAUCGACAGCUGCCCAGGAUAUUUUCUGGCCUCUGGCAGAUGUCGAGCCCUGCAUGGGGAGCAGCACCCACUUCAAAGAUCGUUAGCCAGUUUUCCAAGCACAUCCAAGGCGGAUUCACUGCGUUUGAUAUGGCAGAUCACUACGGCGAUGCCGAGGUCAUCUUUGGUCGCUUUCGAUCUUCGUAUCCUCACAAGGAUUCAAUCUUUGCGGCCACAAAGUACUGCGUUUUCCACCCCAUGGAAGUCUCUCGUGAGGUCAUCCGCGAUAACGUUUCCGAGAGAUGUCAAAGGCUCCAGCAAGCCAAGAUCGACCUACUCCAGUUUCACUGGCAGUUUUAUGACGACAAGAACUACAUCGACGCGCUUCGUUAUCUCGCUGAAGAUGAGCGGGUAAAUAUGGUCGGACUUUGCAACUUUGAUACAAAACAUCUUGAAGAAGUACUGGACAGUGGAAUCACCAUACACACCAAUCAGAUACAGUUUUCGCUCAUCGACUCUCGGCCAACAGUACAAAUGGGCCAAGUUUGUGAGAAGCAUGACAUCAAGCUACUUACUUACGGUACACUGUGUGGCGGGUUCCUUGCGGAAAAAUGGCUGAAUAUGCCAGAACCUGAAAUUUACGAUGAUUCCAUCACUCCAAGUCAACGGAAGUACCUGGGAAUGAUUCGGAACUGGGGUGGUUGGACCCUCUUCCAAGAGUUGUUGACCGUCUUGAAAUCCAUCGCCACCAAACAUGGAGUUGACAUUUCGAAUGUUGCAACUCGGUGGGUUCUGGACUUUCCCUACGUUGGGGCAGUGAUUGUUGGUGCGCGAAUGGGAAUCAGCGAGCACACAGACGCAAACUUGGCAAGCUUCGGCUGGUCACUGGAUCAACAAGAUCAAGGCGAAAUUGAGAAAAUAUUGGAAAGGAGUGGGAGAAUAGAAAUGUUUGAGAAAAUAGGAGAUUGCGGAGGGGAGUAUCGAUAA